AUGCCCAAUUCCUCUGGAUUGGUUAACCGCCGCAACUUGAUCUCCACCACGGACGCUGUUGUGGUAUCCCGGUUGAAGAAAGCUGGCGCGAUUCCCCUGGGAGUGACCAACUGCAGCGAGCUGUGCAUGUGGUUUGAAUCAAGCAACCUUGUCUACGGCCGAUCCAACAACCCCUACAACCUUGACUGCAUUGUAGGAGGCAGCUCAGGAGGUGAAGGUUGCAUCCUAGCAGCUGCUGGUUCUUUGGUUGGUAUCGGCUCAGACAUCGGGGGCAGCAUCCGUAUGCCCGCCUUCUUCAAUGGGAUCUUUGGACACAAGCCCACCACAGGUGUGGUGCCCAAUGACGGUCAGUUUCCUGAUGCGGUGGGGAAUCGUACAAACUUCCUGUGCACUGGACCUAUGUGUCGCUACGCGGAAGACAUGGAACUCCUGCUGAGAGUCAUGGCUGGACCAAACAUUUCCAAACUGAAGCUGGAUGACCCAGUAUCUUUGCAGAAUAUAAAGUUCUAUUCCAUGGAACAUGACGGAGGCUCCAUUUUCCUCUUACCAGUCGCUAAAGAGAUUCUCCAAGCUCAUCGGAAAGUGGUGGCACACUUAGAGGCGGACCUGGGGAUUGAGGUGAAGAACGUGGCCAUCCGCAAAAUGAAAUAUUCCUUCCAGAUCUGGUCAGCUAUGAUGUCUUCCAAGAGCAGUAAUAAUCAGGAAAAUCAAACCUUCACUGAUUUGCUUGGAGACCAUGGAAAACCAGUAUGGCCAUCAUGGGAACUGGUGAAAUGGAUGAUGAGGCUCUCUUCUCACACGUUUCCAGCCAUUGCCUUAGGAAUAACAGAGAAGGUGACGAAAUACAAUUCCAAGGCAAACGCCAAGCUAGCCAGCAUGGCACAGAGCCUUCAGGCCGAGGUGGUGGAAUUAUUAGGAGAAAACGGUGUCUUGUUAUACCCUUCACACCCUGUAGUAGCUCCCAAGCAUCACGCGCCUCUGGGCAUGCCCUUCAAUUUUGCCUAUACAGGAGGAAAGGAACCAAGCCAGGACGAUUCCCCUUCAAAUCUGAUUGAAGAUGUCAAGACAAUACUAUGGAAACUGGAAGCUGCAGAUAAGCUCCGGACCCAAGCUUUUGUCAAAGCAGAUCAGUCUCCUCAGAAACCAAACAAGAGAGCCUGUUUCUGGAAGUACUGUGUCACCAACUGAACUUGGGAAAUAGCUGUGCCUUGUCUGCUCAAACUGCAAUUUCCAGCCCUCCCCCCAAAGAGAACAUCUUCAGAUCAAGCGUUCCAGAAAGUGGGUUUUCACUUUUGCAGCCACUCAUCACUUCCCCAUCUAAUCUAGAUGAGCAAUGUCAUGUGGGUCAAGAUUAAAUAUUUUGCAUUGCACUAUAAAUAAAACACUUCUGAUCUCUGUGAGUUUCAGUUUGCUUCCUGUUUCUCCAGCAAUGUUUUAGUUUUACCAGGUUGCUAUCCCUAUGCCCAGCCCCCUCCCCGCAAAUAAUUUAUCCAGACUUGGGACCGGCUGGGUUAUCUCAAAACAGAGUUGGCCCAGGUGAAGCUAUUACGUUAAUGAAGUUUAAAUUAAGUUAUAGAAUAGAAUAGAAUUCUUUAUUGGCCAAGUGUGAUUGGACA